AUGGCCGAUCCGGUGGGCCAAGCCGGGACAACCCACUCACGGUCCUCCGCACCACGGGUCCGCCUCACCUGUGAAGCAUGUCGCCAGCGCAAAGUGAAAUGCGACAAGUUAAGUCCUUGUACAAGCUGUGAGAGACUAGGCCUCGUGUGUGUUCCUGUGGAACGCGCGCGUCUGCCGCGCGGGCGCACGCGAAAACCCGAGCGGAUUGUAGGCUCGGACAAGGAACUAUCGGAGCGAGUAGCGAGACUCGAGAAACUCCUGAAAAGAGUCGCCAAUGAGCGAGAUGAAUCACAAGUUGUCUCGACUGGCCCUGCGUCGUCACAUUCAUACACACCGCAUCAGUCGGCGGCAGAGGCCAGCCAGGCCAGUGCGGAUACUCGACAGGGUCAGAGUGACUACUUGCCCGGUGCGGCGCCGCCACAUCUUCCUCGCCCUUCAACUGCAUAUGUGGGGAGUCCGUUUUGGGAGGAUAUCAUGCAGCAGGCCAGCAGACGAUUAAGUCUUCAACCCCAAAUCCGGCACAGGUUAUGUGACAUUUUCUUCCGUAAUGUCGAUCCGCUCUUCAAAAUCUUACAUCGACCAUCGCUACAAGCAUUUAUUAAAGAUGGCAAGCCUUAUCUUGACUAUGAGCAGGAUCACCAGGCGCCAGCCACCCUUGCUUCGGCUAUUUAUCUUUGCGCUGUGUGUACUCUUGACGAAGUGGAAUGCCAGUCAAUGUUCAACACAAGCAAAAAGAUAGUAGUCUCAGAAUUCCAGCAAGAAACAGAAUCCGCCCUCGCAAAGGCGGACUUUGUCACAACGAACGAUCUCACUGUUCUGCAAGCUUAUAUUAUCUCUCUGCUCGCCGCCCGAUCUCAAGACCAAAGCCGAAGGGUCUGGACCAUGUUGAGCAUGGCACUCCGAGUAGGCCAGGCAUUAUCUCUUCACAUACCCCAGCCGCCAUUCACGGUGCGCCCUUUUGAGCACGAGAUGCGCAAGCGAACAUGGCUAGGAAUCGGCGUUCUCGAUGUAGCAGCCUCUCUAGACAGGGCAUCCGAGCCGAUGAUGCAAUCCGCAUGGCUCGAUUACAACCAGCCGUCGAAUAUCAAUGACGAGGACAUAUGGUUCAACAUGCCAGGUCCGAUCCCUGAACACACAGAAGGCACAUUUACCGACAUGACGCACACUUUGAUUAUCGCAGCGGCAGUGUCUGUGACCCGCACCCUUGCAUUUUCAGACAUGACCGAGCCAGCCGUGACUAUAAUGAGCCUGCGGCAGCAAGUCGUCCACGAUUUCCAACAAAAGACAUCAGACCUUCUGAGGGGCUGCAGGCCCGACCUUUCGGAUUUCCAGUGGUACGCGCAGAAGACAGCGGGUGUUAUGGGCAGCUGGCUGCAGCUAGCCUGUCUCCGACCGCUGCAACGAAGCUAUAACUUUAUCCCCCCGAAAAUUCAAGGGAAUGCCCUCCUCAAAAUCGCAGCUGAUAGCCUGCAGUGGUCGCAGGAGGCAUACAAUUACCCAGGCGCCAGGUCUUGGCGGUGGUACGGCUCGAUGUGGGUUCAUUGGCACGCGUUGGCUGUGGCCCUUGCCGAACUCUGCGUCUGCAAAGAUCCCGCGGUGAUGUCAAAGUACUGGACCGUCGUUGACGACGUUUACCAGCGCUUGCGGCUCGUGAUCGCGGAUUCUGAGAAGGGGAUGCUCUGGAAGCCUUUCGAGAGGCUGAUGUCACAGGCGAAAACGCGGAGGAACGAACUCCUCGCUAUUGACCCUUCUCGCCAAGCUGUGUCUCAAUACUCUUUCGAUGGCACGUCUUCCGAGCCUUUCUCGAAACAACCUGAGCAUCAACAGGAUCUCGCAGACAUUUCGCUCGAUUUGGGAGACGCCGUCGAUGAACCGCGAGAUUCGCAGGUCACGGAAGUGCCGACUUCCUUUGCGCCGGUGUCCUGGCCCAAUGUGUGGGAUGCGAUGGAUCUUAGUGACCCAUCACUGCAGAGUGGCUCCGAUGACACGGCUUGGUUGAGCUAUGAGAACUUUAUUGAAAAUGUUUACGACAGCGCUGAUUCUAUUUUCUUGCCACGGUGA